UUCUGAGUUAUCUUCGGAUAAUAAUUUAUCAUGUGAUUCUGAGUCUAAAUCGCCUACUAUUGUAUUGCCUAAUCAGAGGCAUGAAAUGCUUUGCUCCGCAAAAAUUCCUUAUAAUCAAAAAGUAGAACGAGGUUUAAGACUCGAGCUAUCUAUUUGCACCAAAAAUAAUAACCACAAGAUUAAUAGCGGAGCUAGUGCUAAGGCACAUAAAGUAUUUGAUAUUCAGAUUCCUGAAUUCUCUUUAGAAGCGAUUUUAUCAGGAUCUAGUAGCGUUACGUCACAAAAUAUAGUUGAUUUAUUUAGG